CGGAGGUGGAGGGGGGCGCGCCUGUGGCGCCUCAGAAGUGGCAGGAAAGGCGAGCCGGCUCCUCCUGCGCCCUCGGGGUUGCGCCUGCCUGGCUGCCUUUCUUCCUUUUACCCGCUCUGCCUCCGGCGCGCGGUUCCUUGCUCUGCGGCGCCUUCGAUUCCAAUUCCCCGCCGCUUCUGAAAGAAGAAGCUGAGCUGCCUCGCCGCAGACUCCGCUCGCUCGGCUGCACCAUGAGCGCCGACUGCACGAGUUACAUGAACGCCGACAAGAUGCUGGUCAGCGCCUUCAGCUGCCCGGGGGACGACGGCGAGCCCGGCUCCAUCUACUGUUGCGGCUUCCAGGACCUCAAGUAUUGUUGCGAUGACCCGAACAGCUUCUUCCCCUACGAGCACAACUACAUGUGGUGGCUCAGUGUUGGAGCACUUAUUGGCUUGUCAAUUGCAGCAGUGGUCCUGCUGGCUUUUAUCAUCACUGUGUGCGUUCUUUGUUACUUGUUUAUCAGCACGAAGCCACAAAGCAAACUGGAUAGAGGCCUCAGUUUAAGCUUACAGUCAGCAGCUCGAGAAACUAGAGGAAGUUCUUUAUGUUAAAGAAAGGUGUGUGGAACAGGACAUGUACGGACCAGUUCUGCAAGCAAACAGCAGAAAACUGCAUCUUUCAGAACACACCAGCAAAACUGUCUAGACAGCCCCACAGAAACAAAAGGAGUCUCUCGUCUUUAAGCUGGACUGGAAGAAUCCAACUCGAAGAACCCAAGGAGCACUUUGAAAGUUGUUCUAUUGCUGCUGUGAAAGCUAUUGAUGCUCAGGGGCCAACCUGGACAAGUAUCCAGGAAAAUGAAAUCAUGAUUGUCACCAUUCAUGUACACUGCAGGCCCUGAUCCAGUGACAACCUUCCCCCUCUGUUUUACAAGUAUGUAUUGUCUUAUAUUUGCAGGAAUGUUAACUUUUAAUUAAAUGAGCUAAUACUGCUUUAAAAAAACAACAACAACCUGUUAUUCAUACAGACCAUCUUACAUGCCCAAAAUGCAAAUGCAAUAGUAUAUUUUGAUUUGCACAACUUCUGUUAAGAAAGUGAUUUUUUGUGCCCCAAUAUUUUCUUUGAAUUAUGCACCUGCAAACUUUUGCGUUAAACACAUGGUUCUUUCUGAACAGACAAUACCCCGCUUCCUAACAUUUCAUUUGUGUCUUCAUCGUGUACUGCGGAAACACAUUUUAAUGAUAUCUGCUCAUACAUAUUAUUUAUUUAUUUCUGCCCCAUUCUUCCUUCCCAGGGGUCUAAGAUGGCAAAGAAUAUAAACCAAAUCAAAACCUUAAGUACAUUAUACAAAGUAAAAUCAGUAAAAUGAUUUAAAAGACAGAAUUCACAGUACAUCAGACAAGGGAUUACAAAUGAUCAGUUUCAUUCACUCUACUCCAAAGGCCUGGAAUAGCUGUUGGCAGAAUCAGGGAGGGGGGCACAAAUGCAACUCUAGCAGGAGAGAGUUCCACAGUUGGGGUGCCACCACAGAGAAGGUCUUGUUCAAUGUCACUGCCAAAUGGGCCAUGCUCACUGACCCUGAGCAGGGCCUCCCCUGCAGCUCUUAGGGUGAAAAUAGGCAGAUGUUGAGAAGGCACGAUAACUUCACUAUAUAUACUAUUAAAGUUAGUUGUGGCAAUUCAAAUUGCAGCAAAAACCAACAGUGCUUCACUCAAGGCACCAACAUGAGCAAGAGUUAAAAGUGCAUGCUCAAAGCCAAAUUGAAGAGACUCCUCAAUGUAUUACAUAAUCCUAAAUAGAAAGAUGCAAUUAGCAAUUAAAACCAGUUCCAUGAAAUUGGCUUGAUAAAAUUAAAAAGCAGGUAAGUAAACAGUUUACUAAUUUGCCAGGAGCAUUUGAGGCCCACAGGAUCUGCUUCAGUGGCUUACAAUUUAUAAAGACAUCUGUUAGUGACACCUUUGUUCAUCGGAGCAGCUGUUUCUAAUUAAACCAUAGGCUGACAGUCUUCUAUGCAUCAUGUUAACGAUAAGCACGCCUGUUUAGCUCACACUAUUAUUUUUGAAGGCUUACAGUGAUCAACUCUCCUAUAUUAUAGACAUAAACUUGCAUGGGGUGGAAAACCCAUGGCUAUAUAAAUAAAUAUUUCAUUCAUAGCAGGAAAGGCAUAUUGUUUAGAUCACAGCUACACAUCACUUUGAGGGCCACUUCUGUAGUUCUGCUAACUCAAGUGAGCUACAUUGUUAUGUGAACCAUAGAAAAGUAUUUUGAUUACAGUGUUAACUCAUUGUCAUCUUUUCAAUUCAUUCUCUAUUUCAUUUCUGUGCUACGCAGUGCUUUCUCACUUUUCACUAAUACCGAACUCCACUUUCUGAUCAUUUCCCCUCCUUUUCUUUCUUUCUCUCUGCUCCAUAGUACACUGUCAUUUCUUUCUGUAUCCCAGAAGUGGGGAGGCUAUGCCUUCCACAUGUUGCUGGGCUCCAAGUUCCAUCAUACCUCAUCAUUGGUCAUGUUGGUUGGGGCUGAUGGGAAUUGUAGUCCAGGGUUUCAGGCAGGGAGACAUUUAAAGCCCUAUCUGGAGAUGCUGGGGAUUGAACCUGAGACCUUUCUGCAUGCAGACCUUUCUGCAUGCAAAGCAGAUGUUUUGUCCCUAAACUAUAGCCCUUCUCCAUGAACUAUUUCUUUCUCUGCACAAUCACAGGUCUGAAUUUUGUUUGCUUUCCCCAGAUACUGUACACUCAGUUUCUCAACUGCCUCAUCUGUUUUUGCCCACAUUCUUCUCCACUGAAUUCCAUUUCUGAAACCCAUUAUCUCUCUGCUCCCCCUCUGUACUUUAGUCUACCAAUCCUCUCUUUUCUUAUUUACAAGUUUGUCUGCAACCACACAUCACUUUGUUUUCCUCUCUCUGCACUUUUCCUUUCUAUUCCAUAGUUUAGGGGCUGAAGCUGAUAUGAAUAGUCAGAGACAACAAGCCCCACCAUCACAGGUGCUUUUGUGAUAGGUUGUUUUAAAAAGUGUCAUAUUAAAUUGAUUUUUGGCAUGAGAAAUGGUCUAGCAUCUUAUUCUGCAUGCUCCAUGCAUCAUGCCAGUACUCCAACACUAAUUGCUCCAUCUGUCCACUCCAUUAUUGCCAAAGCUUUUUUAAAAAUGUAGAAUGAGAUCUCAACCAAUUGUUUUCAUCAAAAUCCCUAAGGACCCGCUGCUCUUACCUCCGGAAAAUGUGCAUUUGGCAUCACAGAAAAGGGACAACUUCAAAAGCUAUUGUUGGUACUCUGCCAUGCUUAUGUGAAUUGUAUGCAAAUGAUUUAAAUUGGUGAUUGUAUGGAAAUUAAAAUGUGGAAAUUAUUGGUUACCC